AUCUUAAUUACGUUUUCCCCUUUUGCUAGUUCUCUGGAAAAUGUUUGAUUAAGCGUUGAAGGGGGGUAUAAAAGUUGCGCCCAAUCCUAAUUAUGAAUCAGUUAACAAUUAAAGUUGAAAGUGAACAGUAAAAUUUUAAAUUAAACUGACUUAUGGAUCUAAUAGAUUGCUCAAAGGAUGGAGUAUACACAAAGCAAUCCAAUGAAACUGGAAAAGUUAUUAUUGUGACUGGAGCAAAUACCGGAAUAGGAAAGGAGACAGUAAGGGAAUUGGCCCGGCGAGGUGCCACCGUUUAUAUGGCAUGUCGGGAUAUGGAAAAGUGUGAAAAAGCAAGAGCGGAAAUUGUUGAGGAAACGAAAAAUCAAAUGAUUUUUUCCAGAUAUUUGGAUUUGAGUUCUCUGGAUUCUAUUCGUAAAUUUGUCGAAGAGUUCAAAGCUGAAGAGGAUAAACUUGAUAUUCUUAUCAAUAAUGCCGGCGUCAUGCGAGGACCUCGCAAAUUGACCAAAGAAGGCUUUGAGAUGCAAAUUGGUGUGAAUCAUAUGGGACACUUUUUGCUAACCAAUUUACUGCUGGAUGUCAUUAAGGCUUCGGCACCCAGUCGCAUUGUGAAUGUGUCUAGUGCAGUGCAUUAUGUUGGCAAAAUAAAUACCAAAGAUUUGAAUAGCGAGAAAUCCUAUUCCGAGGGCGGAGCCUACAGCCAAAGUAAAUUGGCCAAUAUCCUAUUCACCAGGGAGUUAGCCAAACGUUUGGAGGGUACAGGAGUAACUGUAAAUGCUUUGCAUCCUGGCGCUGUCAAAACCGAGCUGGGUAGGAAUUGGACUGCUGGCAAAUUAUUCUCUCCACUAUUAUCACCCUUUUUGAAGACCCCAGAAGGUGGCGCACAGACAACGCUAUAUGCAGCAUUGGAUCCUGAUUUAGAGAAGCUUUCUGGUCUUUAUUUUAGCGAUUGUAGACCAAAAGAAAUGGCAGCGGCAGCAAAAGAUGACAAUAUGGCCAGAUGGUUAUGGGCCGAGAGUGAGAAAUGGACAGGGUUCGUCUAAAACCAAUUGAUUGAUCCUAAUAAACAUAUCUGCAUUCAUUUUCACUCGCUUUUGUCGUGAUGUCUCUAAGUAAAUUGUUAAAUUAAAUACUUAAACCGUUUUGUGGUUUAUCUCUAAAUAACUGUAGUAUUUUAAUACAAAAGAUUUGAUACAUUUUCAAUGUUUUUGUGAAAUAAUUAAAUGUGGAGUUUACGAAAAACAA